CACAAUACAACCCCGAAAACAACUGAGCCGACAGCCCCGGUCAAACGCCUUUUCCCGCUCAGGCCGAGUAUAAGGAUGUCUUCUGGACAGAUCCCCGCACAUGUCCUCCGGCCUCUCACCCUCCUCUACGAUAUCUACUACACAGCAAUAUCUUGGUUCCCCCGCCCUCCCGUAAGACUGAUAACCCACAACAUACACUAUCACCCCUUCCCAUUGAUCCCCCACCCAGUCUCAGUAUACACCCUCUACGCCCAUUCACGAGGAGACAAAUCAGACCCACCCACUCCGAAUCUUCUUCCCUCCACCCUCUCUCUAACAACCCUCUUCGUGGAAAAGCGCAAACUCCCCUAUCCAAUCCAGCUCGCAGACAUGCACACACUAAUAGAAGCCUACAAGCACAUGUCGAUGUGCGACUUCAGCGUGCAAGUCUUCCUCCCGCCUCUCCGCACCCUCCUCUCCCCCUACGGCAUCGAGGUCCAAAGCUUCUUCCUCGUGCCCUUGCUACAUUCCGAAAACGAGGCGUUCUUUUUGCAGAAACACCGCACGGCGGCGUUUUUCCAGCGCGACAAGAAAGAUUCGAGCGCAACGGAUGGCAUUAUCUGGGCGUUGCACUGCGUAUUCCUCAUCACUUUCCCCGCUUCCACGAGCGAUGGCAAAGCAGAGGAAUACAUUGCUGAUUUCUCGCUGCCGCAGUUCGGGAUCCUGCAUGAGAGGAACUGGAUCUUACCGAAAGAGGAGUAUUUGGAACGGUUUGCGGUGAGGGGGACGGGGGAGGUGCUUGAUGAGCGGGAGGACGAUGAGUGGGUUCCGGAUGAGGCAAGGGAUGAGGAGAGGUUUGAGGCGGAUGGAGGUAAAUCUGCUAGAUUUAUAAGAUGGUGGAGACCGAUUGGGGUUGCGGCUGCGGAGAGAUGCGGAGAGGAGCUGAAGAGGGGGGAGCUUGGGAGUAGGAAGCGGCAGAGGGCUAUGGUGAUGGCGGAGGUUACGGGGGCGCUGUGGUAUGAGAAGGGAGACUGA